AUGUCUGUUUCUCCUAUUAUCGAUAAAAUAAAAAAAGUGGGAUACGAAAACCCUUAUUUCCUCAAAUUAAAGCAAGAUCAUCUUCUAAAGAUUAUGCUUCUUGGACCUGCUAUAUUAGCACUUCAUCAAAAACGAGGAUAUGAUGAAUCGAUGUUUCUUGAUCAAACCGACAAAAUUUGUAAUGAACUUGUUCAACCAUUCAAAACUAUCCCGAAACGAGCUCAUGAACUCAAAUCUCUUAUUGAUCAGCCACUCCUCCGAAAGCUCCCUGCAGCUGCAUACGAGGAGCUUAAAAGCUUCCGUUCCAUGGAUAGAGAUUUCUUAAACAUUACAUCUGAAUGCAUGAUGCACCAUCUCUAUGACUGUUUGAUUAGAAUUCCCCUCACAACUGUUAGUAGACAUCUUGAAAACCAUUUGCUAUUUGAAUAUGAUCGAGAUAAUGCAGAUCCGAGAUCAACAACGAUAUCGUCCAGAAAGUUAGUCCCGCUUACAAAUAAAUUUGAUGCUAGCUUACCUUUAGAUAGUGCUCUUAUUCUCCGUGUAGUUAUUAACAUUGCACGCAUCUUAAUAACAUUGAAAGGUAUCAUCCCCAGCGAGGUUAUACCUAUUGGGAAGAGACAAAGGUUAGGAAAAUCUGAGAUUACAUUUUAUGAUGACUUAGUUGUAAAGAAGGAAGCGGCUCUUUCUAUAUCAAUUCCCGUUUCGCCGAUCGAUAGGGUGGAGGUCCCUCUUGAGAAUGAGAUUGAGUUAAGGACUCGCAGCAACAGUUUCUUGAGAAUGAGUUAA